CUUUACAACGGAAAAUAUCACGAGACCCCAAUCGUCUCUCCAUCUCUCUCUCUCUCUCUCCCUUGUUCCUCCAUCUCUCUCUCUCUCUCUCUCUAGACAUACAUAUCCAAGAAAAAAGAGAAAACAUUUCACCAUAGUAGGAAAGGAACAAGAAAAUGGAGUUGUGGACCUCACUGGCCUCCUUCAUGGGCGUGUACGCCUUCUGCCAAACCCUCCUCCAAACCAUGCUCCCCCCUGAACUCCGAUUCGCAUUCCUCAAGCUCUUCGCCCGCCUCUUCAACUCCUUCUCCUCCCACUGCUACUACGACAUCACCGAGAUCGACGGCGUCAACACCAACGAGCUCUACAACGCCGCCCAGCUCUAUCUCUCCUCCUCCGCUGCCGCCAUCUCCACCCCUUCCUCCUCCUCCCCCGACACCCGCCGCCUCAGCCUCACCCGCGCCCUCAACUCCUCCGCCGUCACCUUCGGCCUCUCCAACAACGACCGCCUCGUCGACGUCUUCAACGGCGUUCGAGUCCACUGGGAACACGUCGUUACUCCUCGACAAACCCAGACCUUCUCCUGGCGCCCAUUGCCCGAAGAAAAACGAGGCUUCACCCUCAAAAUCAAAAAGCAAGACCAACCCCCAUUAAUCCUCGAUGCCUAUCUUGAUCACAUAAUGGAGAGAGCAAAUGAAAUUAGGCGCAAAAACCAAGACAGGUUUUUGUACACGAAUUCCCGCGGCGGAUCCCUCGACUCGAGGGGCCACCCGUGGGAAUCCGUCCCGUUCAAGCACCCGAGCACGUUCGAUACUUUAGCUAUGGAUCCGGCUAAGAAGGAAGAAAUCAAGGCGGAUCUAACCGACUUCGCAAACGGGCAGUCGUUCUACCAGAACACGGGUCGGGCCUGGAAACGAGGCUACUUGCUUUACGGGCCGCCCGGGACGGGCAAAUCCAGCAUGAUUGCCGCCAUGGCGAAUUUCCUCUGUUACGACAUAUACGACCUGGAGCUAACCGAGGUCCACAACAAUUCUGACCUGAGGAAGCUUUUGAUGAAGACGAGUUCCAAGUCGAUUAUCGUGAUCGAAGACAUCGAUUGCUCGAUUAAUUUAACUAACAGGAAGAAGAGCAGCAACAGUCCGGCUAGGAACCACCACGAGGGUUUGUCGGCGUCGGCCGCGAUGGCCGCCGCGGCAGCAGGGGAUCAAGAAGGUGGGAAUUCGAUUACUUUAUCCGGGUUAUUGAAUUUCACUGAUGGGUUGUGGUCGUGUUGCGGGAGCGAGAGGAUAUUCGUGUUCACGACGAAUCACAUUGAGAAGUUGGAUCCUGCAUUGUUGAGGAGCGGGAGGAUGGAUAUGCAUGUUUUCAUGAGUUAUUGUUCUUUUCCGGCGUUGAAGAUUUUGUUGAAGAAUUACUUGGGGUUUGAGGAGGGGGAUUUGAGUGAGGAGGUUUUGGGUGGGUUGGAGGGGGUGGUUGAGGAGGCUCAGAUGACGCCGGCGGAUAUAAGUGAGGUCUUGAUAAAGAACAGGAGGGACAAGGGGAAGGCUGUGGGUGAGUUGCUGGAGGCGUUGAAGAGAAGGGCGGAGAGGAGGAGAGAGAGUGGUGGUGGGGUGAUGAGAGAAAGGGGGUUGGAGGAGGUGGUGGUGGAAGAUGAGGAGCAAGAGAAGAGGGCGUUGGAGAGCCCAAAACUGGGUGGUGGUGAUGAUCCGGUGCAGGAAAGUUGUGAAAAAGGUGAGAAAGAUGACAAUGGGAAGCCUAAUUGAUGCACGAGUGGAAACGUUUUUUCGGGAAAUUAUUCAUUAGUUCACCAGUACCGUCACGUGUUACUUGAAAUCACUCUACAAUCACGUAUUCCUAUGAUAUUCGAGAUAUCUGCAUGGAUUCAUAUUUUUAUGUGAUUUUGAAAUGGUUAGAAUAUAGGUGACGGUGCUCGGACUAAUGAGUAAUUAAUCUGUUUUUUAUGGAUUCAUAUUUAUAUGUGAUUUUGAAAUGGUCAAGAGUAUAGUUGAUGGUGCU